AUGGUCCUCUCGCUAUUCGAUUUGAGUGGGAAGACCGCCAUGGUCACAGGGGGCACGAGAGGCAUCGGGCAGGCCAUGGCCAUCGCACUUGCAGAAGCAGGCGCAGAUAUUGUGCUGAUACAGAGGAAUGCCACCACAGAUAAUACAACCCAGAAAGCCAUCGAAGCAUUAGGUCGAAACUGUUUCAUCGAGCCCUGCGAGCUGGGUGACAAGACAGACGUGGCCACCCUGGUCUCAAGAGUAACUGCAAAGCACAAGAUCAAUAUUCUCCUCAACAUCGCAGGUAUACAACGGCGAGCCGAUGCCGUGGACUACACCCUCGACACGGUCGAAGAGGUUCUCCAAGUCAAUCUGAGCUCGACGUUCGUCGUCUGCAGGGACCUCGGAAAGUACUGGAUCGACAACAAUAUGACCGGCAAGAUCAUCAACACGGCCAGCCUAGCAUCGUUCAUUGGCAGCGUCAGGAUCGUGGGAUAUGCCAUGAGCAAAGGAGGCGUGGCACAACUCACCAAGGCCCUGAGCAACGAAUGGGCGGCCAAGGGUAUCAAUGUGAAUGCAAUUGCCCCGGGAUAUGUCGCAACAGAUAUGAACAUUGACACCCGGUCCGGCGACCCAGCAUAUCUACAAAGCCUCAAUGACAGAAUUCCUGCAGGUCGAUGGGGCACGCCCGAAGAUUUCAGAGGCUCAGCGGUGUUUCUGGCGAGUUCGGCUAGUGAUUACAUCCAUGGACAUAUAUUGCUGCUGGAUGGAGGCUUCAUGGGUCGCUGA